UUAAAGGAUUCACCCAAUCACAAAUGAGAGCAUCACCUGUGAAAAAUACAGCAAUUAUCACAUUCCCAGGUGUAUAAAAGAAGAACCCCAGCACACCCAACCUUCAUUUGUUUCCUGACUUGCCACAUGCCAAAGACUCAACCACAGACCAAAGUGCUGAUCAUCAAGAGCCUGAAGACCACGUUUCCUGCUGAGGUGGCAGACAACUUUAAUGUAUCUAAACGUUAUGCGAAGAGGAUAAAAACAGAUUUGAAGAAACUGGUGAAUUUCAUGACAGGCCCAGGUCAGGCUGACCCAGUAAAACAACAGUUUGAGAGGACCGCUUGUUGGUUAGACAGUCCAAGGCCAACUCUUUUUCAACUGAAGCAAAGUUACACAGCAGUAGUCUACAGAAACCCCUAUAUCUACAAGAUUUGUUGAAUUGUCUCACGGAGUGGUCUCAAUGGUCGAAUAGAACACUCCAUUACUCUUCCAAAACAUCUCCAACAACCUCUCUAUAGGCAUGACUGUGGUCAAAUGGCUAAUGUUAAAAAACUGGAAAUCUCCUUUACCUCCUUUCUUUUGAAUCUGGUUAAUGGAUAUGGCCUCUGUUAUCCACUUGGAAAAGCUCAGAUUUAUAAGGUCCAAUUCUAACUGAAUAUGCUUUGCUAGCUGGGAACCCUUUCUCGGAUACUUAGACCUGAAAUGUGCUCAAUCCAAAUCCAGCACCUCUAAAAUUGAUUGGCACACUACUGUACCUUAUAAGGACUACAUCCUGUAAAACUACUUUUUGUGUUUCUCCAGCAGCAGAACCCAUAUGUAUGGCAGUUCAUAUUAUAUUUACCUGCAAAGCAGUAUAUUCUGAUAUUCUAAGACAAUGUUGUUUGUUUGUUCUUUUGUACUUAAACCUUAAAAUAAAAUUAUAAAAUUAUAAGAGCUAUAGUUGUUUUAAUAGAUACGUGUAGGUUUUAUGUUAAAUUGUGAACUGUUAAAUUAGGUUUGCAUAAGAGAACUUAAGAUAACCAAUAAAACAUUACAGUAUACUAUUAUUAUAUGAGCAUUUUUAUUUUAAAUUAAACAAUCCCUUCCAUGAUUGUGAAAUAUUUUAUAAAACUAUUUAUAAACAUUACAGUUUUAAAAUUCACCUGACUGACAAUUUGCCAUAAAAAAAAAUCAAUGCUAAAUAACAGAAUCUCUAUUUUAAUUUUCAGAGCUAUGGAUGCUGUAUAUGAGGUAGAGGUGACCACAGGCUCUAUGGCCCACGCGGGCACUUUUGACAAUAUUUUUAUAACUCUGAUUGGCAUAGAAGGAGAGAGCGAGCGGAACAAGCUUGACACCUAUGGAAGAGAUUUUAAUAUAGGAAUGAAAGUGACGUACAAAGUGACGACCAGGUUGUCUCUUGGCACCUUGCUGCUGGUCAGGCUUGAGAAAGACAAUUUCCUGUUCUUGCCAGAAAAUGACUGGUUUUGCUCUUUGGUAAACAUAAAAACUCCUGAAAAAGAUGUGAUCAGUUUUCCAUGUUAUCGAUGGAUGACAAAGAGAGAAGUGAUUGAGCUGAGAGAGGCCAAAGCUACAAAAAUCUAUGAAGAACAAUAUCCACAACUGAAAGAGCACAGACAAAACGAGCUAAAGCUGAACAAAGAAGUAUACCGAUGGACUGUGUUUAAAGCAGGUCUCCCACAACAGGCUGUUUUUCAAGAUCCCUUGUCUGUUCCCUCAGUGGUUCGCUUCUCGUUCACUAAAGACAUAGAUUCAGCUUUCAAUCGCUCCACUGCGCUUCGUGAGAUCAAAAUGAAGAAACUGGCGAAGAAAGCAGAUCAGUGGCCUGCCAUCAAACACAUGAAGAGAGCAUUUUGGCCAUCCAAAACCACAAUCUCAAAAUAUGUGUAUCUGCACUGGAAGGAUGAUGAUUUUUUGGGGUAUCAACUGUUAAACGGUCCCAAUCCACUGAUGCUCCACAGAUGUUCAGAACUUCCUCUUAAUUUUGCUGUUUCUGAUGACAUGCUUCUGCCUUUUUUGGAGAGCGGAACUUCUUUAAAUGUGGAAAUGAAGCAAGGAAACAUCUUCUUAUGUGACUACAAGCGACUGGCAGAUUUACCGACUCAGGUCAUCAAUGGGAAGCAGCAGUUUGUCACGGCUCCUCUGUGUUUGUUGUAUAAGAAUCAAGAGGGAAAACUUCUGCCCAUUGCUAUUCAGCUGCAGCAGGAGGCAUCAGAGCACAGUCCAGUCUUCCUGCCGAGCGACUCUGAGCUGGACUGGCUGACGGCUAAACUCUACGUGAGGAAUGCAGACUGUCUGGAGCAUCAGGCAGCUCUUCAUUUGCGUUCACUGCUGGCAGAGACUUUCACACUGUCAUUGCUGAGGAACCUGCCCACAGUUCACCCAAUACACAAGUUGUUAGUGCCACACAUUCGUUAUACCCUUCAGAUGAACAGUCUGGUUCGGCACAGGCUGAUUGGGCCUGAUGGUGUCUUGUCUCAGUGUACUAGUAUUGGGCAUGAAGGGAUGAUGGCUUUGAUGAGGAAAGCUCUGUCAGAUCUGACCUACAGCUCUCUCUGUCUGCCUGAAGACAUCAGUGGUCGCCAACUGGACUCUCUGCCAAACUUUUUCUACAGAGAUGAUGGACUGCGAGUCUGGGCCUUCAUAAAUGAUUUUGUUCGGAGUGUAGUGGAAUUUUUCUACCAGAAUGACAGUGAUGUGCAGAAGGACACUGAACUCCAGGACUGGAUCAAUGACAUUUUCAUUCAUGGCUUUCUGGAGCAGAGCAGCUCUGGAAUUCCUCAGAGUUUCAGCACAGUGGAGGAGCUCAUUAAAUUCCUAACCAUGAUGAUCUUUACAGUUUCAGCUCAACAUGCUGCUCUUAGAGCAGGACAGGCAAGUUUAAGCUACCAGAAACUUAUUUAAUAUAUGCAUUAAAUAAAUACUCUAGAGCAGGGGUGGGC